CUUCCUUAUAAAGAAGAAAAUUUCUUGUAGUUUUGGCACAAAUAUACUGAAGAACGCGUUUUGCCGCCUAUUUAUGAGUUUUACAAAGCGAUAUUUAGUGUUUUAAGUAUUUGUUUCAGAACAUUUAUCUAUCAGCAGAGAAUCCCUCUUCUCACACGAGAAGCAACAAGAAUAUUUGUAUUAAUGACGUAUGAACUAUUGAUAAACUGUUCGCUGUACUUUCGAUCUCUAAUUUGUAGACAUUUUCCCACGUGCAGUCUAGGUAACCUAUUGACCAAGGCUGUGGUGUUAUUUUGUUGGACUAAAGGCGGAUUAAGGAAGGAGCAGAAUGUGACGAAAUUUCUUUAUGGAUAGACAUAAACGGUGAUAAAUUACCUUAAUUUAUAGAGUUUGAUUUAUCAAUUUAUCUCCUAACUAAUAGACAGAUGCAUUUAUAAACAAUAUGAAAUCUUGGAUAUUUCUCAUAUCUAUUCUUUAAUAAUGGAAUAAUGGAAGAGAAAAUAACUGUGAAAGGAUGAGGGAGUUAACGUUAGCACAUUUAUCAACGUAUGUUAUGAAAACAGCAACCGGAUGUCUUGGAGCGAAGUCUAAAGUCAAUGUAGAGAAAUGCAUACAAUUAAAUACAGUUCGUGUUUAAUUGUCAAUCAAUUUUCCAGCUCGAGAAGUUAUUCUUUGCCAGAGUCUUUGUAAAGCACAAAAAAAAUUGUUUUUGAGAUUAAUACCCGAAGGUUUUACUAGAGCAUUUAUCAAAACGCUAUGUUCAGCUGCGCUAUUUGUUUGUAGUAUGACUUACUUUACGUACAUAUAUUUAUUCAUCGUGAUAAAUAAAGUGGACUAAUUUACAGGCUGAAAAGUAUAUGCAAAGUUGUGUAUUAUGUUAGACGUUUGACUUUUAAUUUACAAACAUAAACAUUCUUAACAAUAGAAAUGAGGAUUAUUUAAACGUGCAGUUUUCUGUUUGUAUUUCACCAGUUGCCUACACUUUGUCACAGCAAUCACUGCAUACUGAAAUCGAGACUAUUACUUUAAUAAGAGACACGUUCCAGAAGAUAUUUUUUGAAUCUUUGCGGAUCGUAAAAAAAGGUGAAAACGCCUUUAUAUAUUCAAUGAUUCAGAGCGUUUCAGCUUUAAAACCACACAACUGAAAUUGAAACCUGUGCAAUUAAAAAGGUACACAAAUGUAAAAUAGACUUUCAUCUCAGAUGAAAGCUAAGAGCGAAGAAAAUACGCAAUUAAAAGUAAACAUAAGCUGACAUUGAGUAUAUGACAGUUGAGUGCUUCCACUUCUUAGACAUGCAAUUAAAUGGAAAGUUAAAUAUUACUAAAAUGCACAAACACUUGAAAAUGAUUUAAAAACGUUGUAAAGGCCUAUGAUUUAUACAGGCAAAGUUAAAUGUAUACAUACAUACGAAGGAAUAAGGAAUAAAAAGUAAUAGAAAAUAUCUUGUAAAAUAUCAGAUGUGUAUAUGAACAGAUAGAGCGAAGAUGUGAAUAUUAAUUAUAUGAAAUUACUUUAAUAUAGUCAAGAAAGAUGUUUUGUUUAAAAUGACGGUGCAUGAAGGCAUACGUCAAGGAAUGUCUGAUCGAAUUCCUCCGCCCGUAAACAACGCAUGUUUGCCGGAUAUUUACAAUAAACUGGACGCAAAUGCGAUAGAAAAAACAAAAGUACUAAAUAUGCAAUUGUCAUUUAGACUUAAACUGCAGGAAAAAGUGCUCUCCAAAUACAGAAAUGCUGCAGAACAAAGGUAUACACGUGAAAAAGACAAAUUGCGGAUGGAUUUAAGAAAUAUAUGCCGACGAAUGCCAAAUUAUGCGGACAUACCGCGUUUAGAAACAAAAGUGAAAACAUUGCGUAAAGGAAGGAAAGCAAAAACCUCUCAAAAACAUGAUUGUGUAUUCACAACAGAACCUUUAGAUAUGAAAGGAAUUUCUGAAAAAGAUGAUAAACCAUUCUGUGAUAGAUUCUUAACACAUCACCUGCCGACGAAAUCCAGCUUUUACCAGGAUGUCCACCAGUCGAUGAAGAAAGGCAUGAGUAUGCCGGACUUGAGGCCUAGACCAAGUGACAGGUAUAGGAGAGUGGUACCAAUAAAAUCACAUUAUUUAGGACAAGACUCUCUGUCACCUCCAGGGGAGGAAUCUUUGUCUCGAACAUUACUUCCGGUUAUGAAAUCUCUAGAUGAUAACUAUGUGUCGUCAAAGUCCUGGCUUACCGACGACGAUGGCGACGAUGACGACGAUAUAAAAACUGUUUGAUGUGAAUUAUUAGAUUAUUUUGUCCGUACUGAAUAUAGCAAUUGUAUAGUUUCACAUAAUUAGAUACCCGUCGUUAUUCUGUG